ACUGCGUUGAUGGCGAAUUGACGUUUUUGGUUAUUUUUGUUCUCACCUCGUGUUUACUUUAGUGUCUAGUUUCGGUCAUAUUGCGAAAAUAUUGUUGUGCAACAAAUAAAACGUUAGUGAUUACCAAGUUGUCAUGGGACAUUCUUUCCAAACUGAGUGAUAUCGAUCUGUUUCCUGACAAAGUAUAUGUAUACAGUUUUAUCACGUGGUGGUGUGAUUUAUAUAAUUCUUGUUUACCGUACAAUACAACUGGAAAGUUUGCGCAUGUGCGUCCCGUCAGUAACCUCAAAUCGCAGAUUGAACACGGAUUCAACGGAUUCCGGAUAUCCGGGUCGUGGUUCAACAGUGUCUGGGUUGUGAUGUGCUAUCUUGGUGAGAAUUGGCGCCCCGCGUGUGGACGUUGGUGAUAAAGGUACGCACGCCGAAGAUGGCUCAGACUCAGAUCUCGCGAAGCUCUGAGAGCGAUGCAUGGGCGCUCCUAUCCCUCAAAUCAGCGCCCCCUUCGCCGUCGAAGGUGCAAUGGGCGCAGGAACCGGCGCCCAUAGCGAUUGCUCGUCUAGACGGUCGCGACUUUGAGUAUCUAAUUCGUCAAAAGAAAGUGAUUAUUGGUCGGAAUUCGAGCCGAGGACAAGUAGACGUGAAUAUGGGACAUUCCAGCUUUAUCUCUCGUCGCCAUCUCGAACUGUACUACGAUCACCCGGAGUUCUACCUGACAUGCAAUAGCAAGAACGGCGUGCUCGUCGACGGAGUGUUCCAGCGGAAGGGAGCGGCCGCAAUGCUGCUGCCAAAAAGGUGCACGCUGCGGUUCCCGUCCACCAACAUCCGGCUGGAGUUCCAGUCGCUGGUGGAGGAGGGGGGAGGUGGUGCGGGCGCCAGUGGGGGGGCUCCCCUGCCGCCGCUGAGGAUCACCAUCCCCGUGGACAACGACGCACGCAGCCCGGCGCCCUCGCCUACCGGCACCAUCAGCGCCACCAAUAGCUGUCCCACGUCGCCGCGCGGCGCGGGCUCGUCGGGCCGGCGUCACGCCGACUUGGGCCUGGUGGCUCACUACGCCGUGCUGGCGGACCACGCGCGACCUCCCACCAACGGCACCCCGCACACAAGGGCGUCGUCGACGACGGAGCAGAGCGGGCGCGAGGUGCGGGAGAGCCGGGACGUGCGCGAGGGUCGCGAGGGUCGCGAGGCGCGCGACGUGCGCGACCGCGAGCGGGACCGCGACCGCGAGCGGGAGCGCUCGGAGGACGCCGCCAAGCCGCCGUACAGCUACGCGCAGCUGAUCGUGCAGGCCGUGGCCUCCGCGCCCGACAAGCAGCUCACGCUCAGCGGCAUCUACAGCUACAUCACCAAGCACUACCCCUACUACCGCACCGCCGACAAGGGCUGGCAGAACUCCAUCCGGCACAACCUCUCGCUCAACAGAUACUUCAUCAAGGUGCCCCGCAGCCAGGAGGAGCCAGGCAAGGGCAGUUUCUGGCGCAUCGACCCGCAGAGCGAAGGCAAGCUCAUCGAGCUGGCGUUCCGACCGCGGCGCCCACGCGGCGUUCAGUUCCGCGCACCCUUCGGACUGUCUUCGCGAAGCGCGCCCACGUCGCCGUCGCAGGUGGGCGUGUCGGGCCUGGUCACGCCCGAGGAGCUGUCGCGGGAGCCCACGCCGGACCUGUUCACGGCCGACGAGAGCGAGCACCAGGGCGGGCAGCAGCGCCUCAGCAGCACCACGAGCAGCACCAACAACGGCAGCAGCAGCCACGCGGCACAGUUCCUGUUCCCCCAGCGCAGCGGCGUCAGCCAGAGCGCGCCGGGCUCGCCGGGUUCUGGUGGCGGGUCGUUCGGCAGCGCGGGGCUGGUGAUGGCGGGGCACCACAUCACGGUCGUCACCAACGGCGCGGGCGGCGAGCGGGAAGAGAAGUACGUGGUGGGGUCGACGGGUGCCAGCCUGGUGUCCAUCCCCGAGGACGACGUGGCAGCCGGCAGCGUGCUGCUGCGACACUCUCCCUACUACGGGAGCUACGGCGACGAGGGCUGCUCCUCCGUGGGAGGUGAGCUGGUGAUAGAGGAGGCGCCCGACGACCCGCCGCACAAGAGGGCCAAGCACCACAAUGUCCCGGAUAUUGAAGAGCGGCGCGCGUAUUGACGCCUGGCCACGCCCUCCGUCAAUCUAACCACGUGACAUGCUCUCCGCCAAUAGCAGCCGCGCGGGCUCACUGACCAAUGACAGCACAGCACACUUGCGACGCUCGAGUCGAGGUCGACCGAUCUAAGCAAUAAACAGACUGUGAGUUUCAUUUUGAACGUUAAAAGUGUUAAGAAAAAAGUGUAGUUCGGUUUUAUUUGCAUCUUAAUGCGCUUAUUGUGUUUUAUUAUUUUGAUUUAGUUCAGACAUUUGAUGACGCUAUACAUUACAUGUAUACGGUGACUUGGUACGGUCGUUGGCAGAAAUCCUAUAUAAUUGUCUAAACAAUGAUUUCCUCGCUCGACUGUACAACAGAUAAUUUAAGUGCAAUGCUACAGAUUUAUAAGUUUUAGUGAUAAUAUUGUAAGAGAAACACCAAAAUCGCGUCUAGUGAAGCUCGUUUGUACCUCAGAGGGAGGAAUAAAAAGACGGAGUACAGCUACCAGUUGCCAAUAUUGAAAUACGAAUCCUUUACUUUUGUUAAUUUCUCGAAAUACUUGGGGAUUGAAUAUAGAAGGCAGUUAAUAUAUUUGGAUUAUAUUUUUUUUUAAACCUACAAUAUUGUACCAAAACAAAACGAUAUAGUAUAUUUUAAAAGACGAGCGAGAGUUUUUUUCUUAUUACAAUAUACACUGUCUCCAACUGGCUCAGCUGGAUAGCUCUGUUCCGUCUAUAUAAUUUUUGUAUCUGAGAGUUGUUUCUAUAGAGUUCCGUACGUGUUGGAAUCUCUCACCAUGUAAUCUUUAUUGUUAAGGCGGGAAGGUCGGAAAUGUCACAAAUAAAAAUUGAGAGCAAAGAUUGUAUAGUGCUGCAGGGCUUAUUGCUGAUAGCAUUAUGAUGAUUAUUGUGAAAUCCAGUGCACAUACGAUUAUAGUCAUUUUAUUUGUUAUAUUUCGCAAUAAAUUAUCAAUAACUUUGUCUUAAACUACCACGAUCAGUUGAUGAAUAAAAUAUAAGUGAUAAAGUAAAAUAGAAAGUCACGGCUAUUAAUAACUAGUUACAUAAUUUGUUUGAAAUAUUUUACAAUUAUUGUAAUGUUAUUUAUAUUCAAGUACUAUAAUAUAAUUUUAUUAUACAACAUAUUUUAACAAUCUCUAUGAACUUUUAAAUAUCAUACUGAUUUGUUUAAGUCAAGCGUAGUUCGGCCACUCGGAUUGUUUGGACCUCAGUACUGUAAUGUAACUGAAUGAUGUCAUAUAAACACAAUGUAACAACAAUAAAGAAUACAUUUUUGAAGUCGAGAUUCUUUUCGAUAUUUUUAAAUGGACCUCUUAAAUGAUUCUUCAGAGAUGCAACGAGAGGUGAGUUUAAUGUUUUAUAGCCAGUGUGAAAGUAAAGAAUAAAAUGUUACAGUAAGGCACUCUGCAACCAAUAACAUCCUACAUAAAUGUCACAGCCAUACAAUCUGUGAGUAUAACAACUCAAGGAGACUGUAACUGACUUUGUUAUCACAAUUGAUGUGAUAUACAUUUAAGCACUUAUUCAUAAUGGUCCGCUAACUUAAAACAGCUGCUAAGGAGUGUUUUUUCUCAUUCUAACUUAGGUCAAUAGAAGAAGACAGACUGAGAAUUAGCUAUGCUUUUAAUUAGCAGACUAAUAGAUAAGGGGGUUAGAAGUUACAUUGGCAAGAUCAAUCAAUCCCCCCGUAUUUAGUGGGCUCAGUACUCAAAGUGCCAUAUUGAAAGAGACGGGUGUCAGACACAAAUAUACACAGUGUCAAGUGUAAGUUGGUGAGAACAUGGGAACACUGCUGACCCUCGCACGUAUAACAGUAUCUGAAUAAUAACUUACAAUGAAGUGUAUAAGAUCUUUGAUAAUUUAACGUAGAAUAUAUUAAAAUAACUAAUAAUUAAUAUUGUACUACUCAUGCGGGAAAAGUUUUAUCUUGGCGCUCGCUGUUGCGGUUGAAAAAGAGUCGUUUGCCCAUUUUAAAAUAACGUGCGUGCGAUAAGUUUACUUGUCGCACUCAAAUUAUACUUGGCACACGCAAAUUUCGAAAUAUCAAAACUGAAUUGAGGUCGACGAGUUGGAAAUAAUACAUAAAUCGUCGCAUUUGUAAUACAAAAUAACGACAACGUCGCACGAAUUGCACAUUAUACAAUUGUAACACGCGAACUUAUACUUGACAGUAGCACACAUCAUAUCGGACAAUGAAUUUGAUGCCAUAGGUUCACUGUGCGAGCGAGACACAGAGAUUAUUGCACGCAAGUGACAGAGAUAGUUGUUCAUGUUCAUCUGAAACAUAAGAAGCCUUAACUUAACGUAAGGCGCGGGCGCGAAGCUGAUGAUAAUAUGUUAAAAUAUAUCUACAUUUUGUUACUGCGACAUUAUUAGUAAUUUUCCCAUGUCGGUAGUAUAUUAUUUAAUUAUUCAUAAGUAUAUUGUUUCUCCGUUACAAUAUUACAAAUAAUCAGAAGUGGUCUCCAAACAAACUUUUGUUUAUAUUCGCUGUGGCCGGCCUCUCACUAGGGUCGAAAGUAAAACGACGCGAAUUACACGUGCUGGUAAAUUAAUAAGAAUAUGGUAUUAUUACAUUAUGUUUUUGUGAAGUAUGACAGACAUACUAUUAUACUAAUUUUGUGAAAGUAAAAGUUUCAAUGACAUUAUGUCAGUCAGCUGGUAUAAGUUUUAUAUUAUGCUAUUUUGACUUAGGAACGCCUCGACAGAGCCGCACAGAUUAAUCAAAUUAUUAAUUUGUAUUUGACGACAUAAUUGCCGGCUAAUCCUGAGUUGAUCUAUAAUCGCUUGCUGGCCAAUAUCAGACUUAUAUUUUGACAAUCUCGAUAGCUCGCCGAUUAUUAAGAGGACUUCGGUGUUCGAACAAAUCUACUUACAUUAUGUAUAUAGGUUUUGGUGUGGUAACACUCAUAAUAUAAAUAUUAUAAAUAUAUACGUUUAUAAAGCAUCCGAUAGACGCACAGUCCCCGCCGAUAUCAUUUCACGUUAUCAAUAUUUAUUAUUAUAAAUAUUUCUAUCAGUAUAUUGUAUUAUCUAUACAUUUAUAUCUAUCUGUAUAAUUAAUUUGAUUUUGUUUCGACAAAUAAUAGUUUUGUAGCUCAUAUUAGGUAGAUAUAAUUAUUAUGUAUAUGAGAAAUAUUUAUGAUUAGGUUGUUAAAUAGACAGUUAUACGUUUUACUUACUAUCUGACUGAUUUAUAUUAAUCAAAAUCAACCGUUUUUACAUCCCGAAAUAGACGUAGUAGUAAUAGACUAGCGUAUAGACGAUUUGACAGCUCGAUAAUACGUGACCAAUUUUGAUUUGUUUAAUAUUCAAAAUAGUAAGAAGCUUAUGCCAAACGUGGCUGACUGUUUAGGACUUGUACAAAUCGAACUCGAUUACAGUGAGUAUAGAUUCGCUUUCCUUUUAUAUUUUUUUGUAUAUCCAUUAGAGAUGUUCUUGUCUUAUACACGCCUUGUUCGUCUAUAUCCUAGUAUAUUGUAAGUCUAUGAUUGUUACAUAUAACAUGUCAUUAGUCUUUAGAUGUUGGUUUCAUAGACGGAGUAUUUUUCAACAAACUCUUUUUUUAGUCUCUUGUUGAUAUAAAAAUAACUUAUUUCUUUCCAAAACCUUGAUGGCACUUAUCUUAGCUCAUACUGUAAUAGAUCUUCGUACAAUAUUUCCGAUCGUGUUACACUUCUUCAGGGGGAUGUCAGACAAUGUUUACGCUGUGUCACUGUUACUUUGAGAAAUCCAGUGGGAGGCUCCUUUGCACAGGAUCCCGGCUAGAUUUUGGGUACCACAACGGCGUCUAUAUCUGCCGUGAAGCAGUAAUGUGUAAACAUAACUGUGUUUUGGUCUGAAGGGCGCCGUAGCUAGUGAAAUUACUCGGCAAAUGAGACUAAACAUCUUAUGUCUCUAGAUGACGAGCGCAAUUGUAGUGCCGCUCAGUUUUUGGGUUUUUCAAGAAUCUUGAGCGGCACUGCAUUGUAAUGAGCAGGGCGUAGCAAUUACCAUCAGCUGAACCUCCUGCUCAUCUCGUCCCUUAUUUUUAUAAAAUUUAAUUAAAUCCAAUCUCAAUGUUCAUAUUUUUCUUUUUAUGUUCAGUAGCUAAGGCUCAUGUGCGAUAAUUAGUAAGCGGGGACGUGUCUGUUUAUUAGUAUACCUAUGUAUUAUUAUUAUUUAUGGAGUUGUACAAUUCACAGGGGUGUGUUCGUGAACGGUAGCGGACUGUGCGUCUGCGGGUGCCUCUAUAUAAUGUAAACUAUUUAGCACUAUAUAAUAUAGUUAUAGUUGUUCUAGUGUAAACACAUAGGCACCUAGUUGUAGCGAAUAAAUAUAUUGUACUUUAGUAAGAGGCUUGACGGUGACGUUUGUAUGAUCGCACGAUAUAUCGAAUAUAGCGAUCAGGUUCAAUAGAGAGUGGCAUAGCCGUUUGUGAAGUGCGGAUGUCUUUGUUGAUGUAAGUUGUCUGGUGGGGGCGCUGCAGGCGCGCCGGUAUAUUGUAUCUAUGAAUAUGUUUAAAUGAAACAACUUCGCCUUUUUCUCAAUAAACAAUGAUAAAUAAAUAAA